UUUAGUUUUCCUUUCCCUCUCUUUUAUCGUUCCUAUUUUAAAUUUAAAUACAGCUGCCGCCGCUGCCGUCAAAACUCACAACCACGGAGCCACCGCUCUCCACUCGCCGGCAGAUCACGGCACCGCUGAUACAAAAUUGACAAAAGGCGAAUCCAUCAACAUGGAUAGGAUCAGUUACUUACCGAACACUAUCAUUUGCGACAUUCUCUCGUACCUCCCAACAAAACAAGCUGUAUCCACCAGCAUCCUCUGUCACAGUUGGCGCCAUGUUUGGAAGGAUCUCCAAGUCCUUGACAUAGAUGAUAGACCCUUUGGGUCCUCUGGGAAAGCCAGCUUUGAUUCUUUUGUCAAUGCUAUUCUAGCUCAGCGCAAUGCAGAUUCGUACCCCAUCGAAAAGUUUCGCCUCACUUGCGAAAAAUUUGAAGAGGAUCCUAUCCCAACAUGGCUUAAUGCCGUCAUCGGCCCCCAUCUUCAGGAACUGUAUCUCAGUCUUAAUGUAAUGUUUGGAACCAGCAUGCCUAAAGCCAUAUUCACUUGUACAUCACUUAAGUCCCUUGUUUUGAAACGUGAUAUUUCAUUGGAUUAUGGUCCGGAGUUUCCAGAUGUAUAUCUGCCAUCCCUCAAGAACCUAGAGUUGGAUAUCGCCCAUGUGAACAACAAGCUUUUAUCUGGAUGCCCUGUUCUUGAAAAUCUUAAGCUCAUUCUACUUGACAUGGCCCCAGAACGUUAUGUUUAUACACCUACAAUUCAGAUGCCUCAGACAUUGAAGAGUUUAACCUUUGAAGAUUACAGUAUCAUGUGGGAAGAGAUUAACCAUCGUGUGAUAGACACACCAUCUCUUGAAUACCUCUAUUUGAAAAUAGUGACCUCGGGGGUUGUUGAGCUACAGGUUUCGGCUAGCUAUUUUCCCAACAUGGUGGAGGCACAUCUUGAUAUUGAGGAAGAACAGUCACAUCUUGAUAUUCACGGUGAACCUGUUGAACAUGUCUGUUUGGUCCCCAUGCUUCUCCAGGCACUUCGUGAAACAAAGUUGUUGGCAUUGAAACCUUACACAACACGGUGCUUAUUUAGUGCUCCAGCUUUCAAGUUUCCAGAAUUUCACCGAUUGCUCAAUCUAGAGCUUGAUGUUCCAUUUUUCAACACAAACUUCCUGCUAAACUUCCUUCACAGCUGUCAUGUACUUGAAGCUCUCGUAAUUCGUAUUUGUAAGGAAGUCUAUGUCCGCACCAUGGACUAUAAUGGACCAACACCACCAACCAUGGUUCCCAGUUGUGUAACAUCACAUCUCAAGAGUUUUGAGUUUAGAGAAUAUCAAGACGCUGCAGAUGAGCGUGAAUUUAUUGCAUAUCUUUUAAAAGGAGGACUUGUUUUGAAGACAGUGACAAUUCAUCUUAAAUCUGAUUUCGACCUAGUGACAAAGUACAAUAUUGUCAAGGGUUUAUCUGCUCUCAUUGUAUAUUAUGAUGAAACAGUCCAAAUUGGGUAG